GCGUCGGUCAACGCCAGCGGACGCCCGCGUCUUGUCAUCCGUGCGGCGGCUGACGUAGAGGGGCGCGUUUGUUUUGUGCCGUUUUUUAAGUGGAUGCGAGGAAACGCGGCGGUUUUCGCAAAGAAGACUUUUUGGUGCUUUUACCUCUCGACGAUCCUUUUUCCCGCCUCUCUCUCUUUUUAUCUCGCCGACUCCAACCCGAUUUUAGCGUUUGACAGCCAAGUCAGAGAGGGCCAUCUUUACACAGAAAAUCACCGGCGAGGAAUGUACCUGCAGAUCAGCCAGGACGGGAGCGUGUCCGGAAGUGACGUUCAGACUCCUUACAGUGUGCUGCAGUGGCAGUCGGUGCAGCCGGGCCACAUCGCCAUCAAAGGUCAGAGGUCGUCUCUGUUUCUGUGCGCCGACAGCGGGGGCUCGCUGAGGGGACAGACGCACUUCUCGGAGGACGACUGCACCUUCCGAGAAAUCCUGCUGGCGGACGGAUACACCCGCUUCCUGUCCCCGCGCCACGGGUUCCCCGUGACGCUGGCCUCCAGGCGUUCCCCGGAUCGACACGGCGUCCCCUUCACCCGAUUCCUGCCUCUCAAGGACACCCUUCCGAGGGAGAGCGCAUCGGAGCGGGCGCCGAUAAGGGAGACCCACUUCAACCUGGACUCUGACGACCUGCUCGGGAUGUCUCGGGAUUCCGUGGCCAGUCCUCAGUUCUCAGUGCAAAAGUGAAGGAAGUGAGGUGAAUUGUAUGCAUCUGAGGGUGAAUUUUUAAAAAUGUUACAUUUGGCUGAUUUCAGCACAUGUGGUGGCUUGAGUUCCCACUUAAGUGGUGGCGCGAAGAACCAGUACUGCGUGUAGUCCGCGUCAGUUCACGGGGACAGAAAAUGAUUGGAUGGAUUAAAAAAUGUCAGCUGUUUUAUCGCACUUGACUCAUUUUCUUUUUGAUAUCUCUAAAAGUAAAUGAUGACGAAUGAAUGAUUGUUUGAUGUUAUUUAUUUAAGUGUAUGUUUUAUAUGUAUUUAUGAUUUUUGUGUGACAGUAUGAGAAUGGUAUUAAACUAUUUCUCGAGCUAUUUUGAAUGUUUUCAUGUUAAAUUUGGAUCCGUAGUACAGUACUCUGUUAAGGUGUUAAGGUGAAGGUGGGAUUACACCAGGGAUCCGCUCUGAGCCCCUUCCUGUUCGCUGUGGUAAUGGAUAGGCUGACAGACGAGGUUAGACUGGAAUCCCCUUGGACCAUGAAAGCAGGGAGCAGGUAGAGGAACAAUUAGAAAGAUGGAGGCACGCACUGCAAAGGAGAGGAAUGAAUGAUUGAAGUACGCAUGCCUUCCAUGGGUCAUCACUCUCAUGUUCUGGAAAGACAGGCUCAUGUG